AUGCGAUACAUUCUUUGUGGACGUCGCAAACCGAUGGUGACUAAUCAGUUGGCUCCCAGACGUAAACAUCGAAAAGGUAAACACCCAAAGAAAGAAUGCCUUCGUGUCCGAAUGCCUGGCUGCAAAGCUCUGAGUAAACGAAAGAAUUGCGAAAGGAAGAUUAUUCGCAAAAAGUGCACGAGGGUCGUGCCUCCGUAUCCAUCUUUCACAGAAUGCUUAAAGGAGCCGAGUCCAAAGCAUGUCGAAACAGAAUGCGACUGUAAUGAAUUAGAUUAUCUGCAGCCGCAUUAUAGCAUUUUCAAGCCAGCAUUGCCACGAUAUGAUCUUCCAGAAUUCCUCCUGCAACCACCUGAAGGAAUAUACAAACGUGAGAAAAAACCUCAUAAAAUUUACCACUGUGGUUCAAAGGAACAAAGUCCUACAGCUUGUGGAAGGGGAAAAAAGAAAAGCGAUAUGGUAUCAGGCGCAUGGCGCAGAAUCCAUUACCCACUUGGCGAAAAAACGCAAGAAGAAUUAAAACGUGAAAAUUUAUCCCGACCAGACUGCGUUCCUUGUCCAAAUAAAAACAACGAAAAACAUGAUAGCCAACCACUGGAUAAAUAUUCAAGAUUUAGCGCUCCGCCAGAAGGAGAAAACAAAUCCAAUAAAAAAUGUGUGAAACCUACAUUAUCUGGAACUUCUACUAAAAGUUAUCAUAAUGCAGCUAAUACAUCAGAUAAAACACAUUGGCUUCCAAAAAAAUCAUGUAAAAAAUCUACAGAUUCUAUUAAAAAAUCUAAAAGCAAAUCUAUAACUAGUGGGUCUAAUAAAAGUAAGAAAUGCUGCAAAAGUACAAAAAUAUCGAAAGUCAGAUCAAAAUCUAAAUCUGAAGAAAGUAAAACAUCGCAUUGUGAAUUACGUAAGUUAGAAUGUCAAAAAUCUAGCGUGGAUAUUACAAAAAAUACAGAUCCAGAAUAUUUAGAAUUUGAUCAACAUUGGAAACAAUCGAAUCGGUAUAGCCAAUCGGGCGACAAAAAUUUGACUCGAUCAAAAUCUUCUGGCUCAAAUAAAAAAUGUGAAAUGAGUUCAAAACCUUUAAGGAGCAGAAGUUCUCAAAGUAGAUUGACAUAUGAUGGAAGCGAUGCAUUGAGAAAAUCUUCUAGUGGAACAUUAAGUCAAAGAUCUUCGAAUGCUUCCGUGUCGUCGAAAACUUCAUCAAAAAGUGUUACCAAAAGUUGUUCAAGUGGACCUGUAGUAACUCGUAAGGCUGGACAAUCGACCAGAAGAAUGGCUGGCAACCCCUGUAAAGCAGAUCUGAAAAACUGUGCUAGCGAAUGUGGAAAGUUGGAUCUUAAGAAAAAAGUGAAGAAGAAAGUUGAUUAUACUUCCAAAUCUUCAAGUACAUCUUUACUGUCGGCGAAGUCGUCAAAAACUCUUUCAGCAAGUUCGAAGGAAUCUCUGAACAAAUGCGUAUCUGGACAAUCGGUCAGAAGAAUGCCAGGAAAUAAAUGCAAGGCUGAUCUGAGAAAUUGUGCCAGUGAAUGCGACCAAAAGAGAUCAAAAAUUACAAAACCCAUUAAAGUUGAAAAAGAAGAAAAUAAGUGUGCCCGAUUUGAAGAAUGGAAGAAAACUUGCAAAGAAAAUGAGAGGGACAAAUCACCAAAAUCCUUAAAUUCGAAGGAUUCACUGAAGAGCACAUCAAGUACCUCUAUUACCCGUUCACCUCUACCAGACCGUAAAGCCAGCAUAGAAAUGGGUUCUGGUAAAGGAAAACGAAAGCACAGGGAAAGAAUUGAAAGAUCUAAUUCAGGGGGAUCGGUGGGGACGUCUUCUUCGGGACCUAACACAGUAAAUAAUAAGGGGAAACAAGUUGAAGUGGAGAAAGUCAUUUCUGAUAAGUUGGCCACCAAUCCUGGUGGCAAAGUAUCGCUGGCUGCUUUCAACCAGAAACACAACUUGCCACCUAUUCCAAAUUUCCCAAUAACAUCUCGAAAACGUCCUUGCUUCAAGCCUCAACACUAUCCUAGAACAAACAAGCCUUACAGAUUUUGCGAACGCAUACGAUCACCAGGAUGUCCAAGGAGAUUGAGAAUUAUGUGCAUUAAGAAAAAUAUAGUGCGAAAAUGUAAAAGGCCAUUCAGUCCAAGGCCAUCUUUUUCGGAAUGCAUGAGACCAGCAUGGCCUAAAUUCGUGAGAAAUGAGUGUAAAAUUGCUGAAAUGAACCUCAUGUACCCUAAGAAAAUUAUAUAUCCUCACAUGCAGGAGAAUGAAAACGAAUGUAUUCCUAGAGACAAGUUGCUCAAGGAUUACCGAGAAGAACUAGCUCGCAAAUGGAAACAGGAUGUGGGAGAUUCGCCAGAUCCAGAGAUAGAAAAAACAUGGCCUAUACCCAGAGCAAUGCUUCUACCAGCACCACCAUAUCAAGCCCAGAAUUAG